CAUGGAGAACUUUACGGAUCCUUCGAUGGACGACGACCUGAAGUUCAGCUUAAUGGAUUACUCCCUUUUCGGCCUAAUGUUGGCCUCGAGUGCCAUGAUUGGAGUAUACUUUGGAUUCUUCAGCAAAAAGCAGAAUACGGCUGAUGAGUAUUUGCUUGGCGGAAAAGACAUGAACGUGGUGCCCAUAGCUCUUUCCCUGAUCGCUUGCAACAUUUCUGGAAUCACUAUAUUAGCAGUCCCAGCCGACGUUUACCUCUACGGAUAUCAAUAUUGGCUUUGUCCCAUUUCCAUACAAAUCUGCAUCAUCCUCUUAUACUUCGUAACAUUCCCAGUCUUCUAUAACUUGAAGCUAACGAGCACUUACGAAUAUUUGAAAAUGAGAUUCGACAGCAAAAUCAGAACUUUUACUUCGUUCCUUUACGCCUUAAACGUCUUUCUUUAUUUACCAAUAGUGAUUUACGUGCCAGCUUUGGCUUUAUCUCAAGGAACUGGUUUUAACAUACAUUAUAUAACGCCUGUCGUCUGUGGCGUAUGUAUUUUCUAUACGACGAUUGGAGGACUUAAAGCUGUUGUCUGGACCGACGCUCUUCAAACUGUAUUGAUGAUCGGUUCAACUGUAGUGGUAACAUAUUUAGGUACAGUCUCUUCGGGUGGUUUCAACGAAAUCAUGAGGAUUUCCGAUGAUGGAGGAAGAUUGGACAUGAAUUUUGAUUUGGAUCCAACAUUACGAGACACCUUUUGGACGAUCCUCAUUGGUUCGAUGUUCGCUUGGGCGCAGAUCAUCUCGAUUAGUCAAGGCACGAUCCAAAAAUGCUUAGCAUUACCUUCAUUGCAGAGUGUCAAGAAAGCUUUGAUCAUCUUAGCUAUUGGAAUGAUGGUAGUGAAUUUGUGUAGCAUCUACACAGGUCUCAUGAUGUACGCGAAAUACAAAGAUUGCGAUCCAUUGAAAUCCAAGAAAAUCACAGUUCACGACCAAAUGCUACCUUAUUAUAUUCUUCACGUGGCUGGGAAGAUACCUGGGCUUCCAGGUUUGUUCAUCGCCGGAGUCUUCAGCGCUGCUUUAAGCUCUCUUUCAGCCUCAAUGAAUUCAUUAUCCUGCACGAUUUACGAAGAUUUCAUAUCGCAACACAUGCCUAAAGAUUACCCUCAGGAUAGGGUCAGCUACAUCCUGAAAUGGAUCGUCUUUUCCAUUGGUUUCAUUUGCACGGUUCUCGUUUUCGUCGUCGAGCAAUUAGGAAGUAUACAACCUUUGGUAGUUAGCAUGCAAGGUGUCACUGCUGGUCCGAUGCUUGGACUAUUCUUAAUGGGAAUGAUGGUACCCAUGGCCAACUCGAAAGGCGCUCUUUAUGGAGGAGUUGGAUCAAUCCUGGCAAUGGCUUACGUAAUCUUCGGAUCUCAAUACCACAAGAUGAACGGAAACGUGGUUUACGAAACGAAACCGGUUUCAGUUGAAGGCUGCUUGCACACCUUCAAUUCCACCACUUUUGCAGAGCAUGAACCAACUGAAGUGAGCUUCAUAUACAGAUUAUCUUUUUAUUAUUAUGUUGUUUUGGGAACGUUUAUGGUUUUCCUGAUUGGAAUUCCUGUGAGUUGGUUCACCAGAGACGAUGAACCUCCAGUACACAAAGAUUUAAUCUGCGGCGUGAUGCAAUGGGCUAUACCAAAAGACAAGAAGCGACCGCCGACCUAUUAUUCCGUGGAAAAAGCCAUAGAAAUGGUCGAAAAAAAUUAAAUAUUAUUUGUGUUUUA